AUGGCUGAAACUGAAAGACUAAUGCCUAGCGGUGGUUCUCAGAAAAAAAAAACAUCAUUUACGGGCAAUCUGAUCCUGGGUACGAUAGUGGCUUGUUUAGGGUCUAUCCAGUACGGAUAUCACAUAGCAGAGUUGAAUGCGCCCCAGGAGUACUUAUCGUGCUCCAGGUUUGACGCGCCCGAUGAAAACAUCUCCUACGAAGACACUUGGGUUUGCCAGCAUGGCCUCAAACAAUGCAUUGCAUUGACCGAUUCGCAGUUCGGUGCGGUUACGUCUAUAUUUACUAUAGGCGGGUUGUUUGGGUCAUACUAUGCGGGAAACUGGGCCAACCGGUAUGGAAGGAAGUAUGUGAGCAUGGGUGCCUCGGCCAUGUGCAUGGUGUCAUCCUUGCUCCUUUUCUUUUCCAAUUCGUACCUGCAGCUGCUGUUCGGCAGGUUUCUAGUGGGCAUGUCCUGCGGCACGGCCAUCGUGAUAACCCCUUUGUUCAUCAACGAGAUCACGCCUGUGGAAUGGAGGGGCGCCAUGGGGUCUAUGAAUCAAGUCUCUAUCAACCUAGGCAUCCUGCUGACUCAAUCUUUAGCGCUCAAGUACGCGGACUCGUACAACUGGAGGUGGCUGCUUUUUGCCGGUUCCGUGGUUGCCGUGGUGAAUCUUCUUGUGUGGCUCAAAGUUGACGAGUCGCCAAGAUGGCUACUAGACCACGGGUUUGUUGCCGAGGCUGAGGUAGCUUUGUUCAAAUUGCGUCCCGGAACGUACCAACAAGCCAAGCAGGAAAUUCAAGACUGGCAAAGUAGCCAUGCACAGAACCGCGACCCGGAGUCGAGCACUGAGGCGCAUUCACCCCCCAAACUAUGGCAGUACGUGACCGAUGCCUCGUACAAGAAACCGCGUACCGUCAUUCUGACCAUUCUAACGUGCCAGCAGUUCUGCGGCAUCAACUCAAUUAUCUUCUACGGUGUAAAGGUAAUCGGCAAAAUCCUGCCAGACUACUCGAUCCAAAUUAACUUUGCGAUCUCCAUCCUAAACGUCGUGGUGACCCUGAUAGCGUCUGCGAUCAUCGAUCACGUUGGACGCCGCCCACUGUUACUCGCCUCCACCACGAUAAUGGUCGCGAUGUCGCUGCUGAUCAGCGUGGGCCUCACCAUGAGCGUGUCUUUCCUGCUGGUUGUAGCUACAUUUGUAUACAUUGCCGCCUUCGCCAUUGGCCUGGGGCCCAUUCCUUUCUUGAUCAUCGGCGAGCUAUCCUACCCACAGGACGCCGCCACAGCCCAGAGCUUCGGUACGGUGUGCAAUUGGCUCGCCACUUUCAUCGUCGGGUACCUCUUCCCCAUAGGCCAAGGCCUUAUGGGCGGCUACGUAUUUACGAUCUUCGCCGCCAUAGCCGCUCUGUUUGCUACAUACGUGUACAAGCGGGUCCCCGAGACGAAGGGCAAGGCUACAUACAGCGACGUUUGGGCCGGCUACUGA